CCACUGUUUAGUUUUCUCGGACCUGAGGAUCUGUGUGGAGCCGCUGCCUGUUCCUGUCACGCUUUAGAUCCACCGUGGGGGGGUUUUCUACCUUUUACUUUCUACAGGAGACACCGGGACCCUUCCCCGCACACGUCCGCCCACGAACACGGCAUCUCGGGGCGCGUUAAAACUGCCCGUGGGGUCGAUAAACAACAGCUCGGAGCGGUUGCUCAACGCCGCCGUCCCAGCUCCCAAGUCUCCACCACAUCCAUGGUGACUGCGGCAGCCUCCGCGCUGGGCUCACGGCUGCCUACGGCUCGACCCCUUUGUUUCCCCCGCGGACGGGGACCGGCAUGAGCCGGGCCGGCUUGCCGACUCACCUCAGAGUGUCACCGCGAACAUCCCCCGCGUCCGAGUGCGGGGACUGUCGACGCGUUAAAAUGGCUGCGUUCGGAGGAGGAGGAGAGCGGUGUUGAACCAGCGCAGCGUCGCUUCCCAGCCAGAUGCCGCGGAGAAGCUAACGUCGCGGGCUCCAGACAGCUAGCUCCUGCUUCGGCUCCGAUAGAUGCUGUUCGCUGGCUUCGUCCACCCAGAGCCGGGGUGACGGUGGAGGGGAAGUCCUGCCACUUGUAAUCCGUGCAGCUCCUACACUGACACUGAGCUAACGCUGCCUUGUGUUAGCCAUCUUCUCCCAGUAAAAAGCGGUACAAAGGGGCUUUACCGGGAGCAUGCAGACCCCUCCGCGAACAUGCAGGACUUCUUUGUUGUUGAAGUGAUCCAGCCCGAGUAGCCGAGGAGGCUCUCACCCCGAAUCAGACCCCUAAAGGCCCCGUGCCAGGUCUUGGACUCGGGGGGUGAAAACAUGGAUCCAGGGGGGACGGGUGAGACUCGACUCUUUCCCUUCGGACCCGCCGCCACCCGCUGCGAUCUGCGGCGAGUCAACAGAUACCUGGCUCUGUACGUGCUGUUUUACUUCGUGCUGUCCACGCACGCCUCCUCCCCGGCGAAACCGUGCGACAAGAACUGCCUCUCCGGGAUCUGCGUCAACGGAUCCUGCGUCUGUGACCGAGGAUGGGUCGGGGACCAGUGUCAACACUGCCAGGGCAGAUUCAAGUUAACGGAGCCCUCGGGAUACCUCACUGAUGGUCCAAUCAACUACAAGUACAAAACAAAGUGCACCUGGCUCAUCGAGGGCUAUCCAAAUGCAGUUCUUCGGUUGAGAUUUAACCACUUUGCCACAGAAUGUAGUUGGGACCAUAUGUACGUCUAUGAUGGCGACUCGAUAUACGCUCCUCAGGUUGCUGUUUUCAGCGGCGUCAUCGUGCCAGAGAUACGAGGAAACGAGACGGUUCCUGAGGUCGAGACGACUUCAGGCUACGCACUACUACACUUUUUCAGUGAUGCUGCCUAUAACCUGACAGGAUUUGAAAUAUUUUACUCGAUCAACUCUUGUCCCAAUAACUGCUCUGGCCAUGGGAAGUGCACCCCCGGUAACUCGGUCGCCAGCAGAGUGUACUGUGAAUGUGACAAGUACUGGAAAGGCGAGGCCUGCGACAUCCCCUACUGCAGAAACAACUGCGGCAGCCCGGACCACGGCUACUGCGACCUCACCGGGGAGAAGCUGUGCGUGUGCAAUGACAGCUGGCAAGGUCCAGACUGCUCUCUGACUGUCCCUUCAACCGAGUCCUUCUGGGUCCUUCCGAGCGUCAAACCCUUUGGCACAUCACUCGCCAGAGCGUCCCAUAAGGCCGUGGUGCAGGAAAAGGUGAUGUGGGUGGUGGGCGGAUACACCUUCAACUACAGCUCCUUCCAGAUGAUUCUCAACUACAACCUGGAGAGCGGCAUCUGGAACACAGUACCCAUCAGUAGCGGCCCCGUGCCAAGAUACGGCCACUCUCUCGCUGCCUUCCAGGAUGACAUCUUCAUGUUCGGUGGGAAGCUGGAGGCCGGCUGGGGGAACGUGACAGACGAGUUGUGGUCGUUCAACAUGCCCAGUCGAACGUGGCAGCGGAGGAACCCCGUGGUCGGCCCGCUGGCCCAGGCUCAGAUUUACGCCGUGGAGGGCCACUCGGCCCACUGCGUCCUGCUGGAGGGCGGUGAUGCCAUCAUGCUGGUCAUCUUUGGCUACUCCCCCAUCUACAGCUACAUCAGCAACGUUCAGGAGUACAACCUGCGAUCCAACUCGUGGCUGGUACCUGAGACCAAAGGGGCCGUUCCACAGGGUGGUUACGGUCACAGCAGCACGUUUGACAGCUCCAGUGGCAGCGUGUAUGUUCACGGAGGCUACAAGGCCCUGCCUGCCAACAAAUACGGCCUCGUUGACGACCUCUACCGCUACGAUGUUAACACUAGGACAUGGUUCAUCCUGAGAGAGAGCGGUUUUCCACGAUACCUGCACUCGGCUGCGCUCCUCAGCGGCACGCUGCUCUUCUUCGGUGGCAACACACACAACGACACCUCCCUAAGCAACGGGGCCAAGUGCUUCUCGGCUGACUUCCUUUCCUACGACAUCGCCUGUGACGAGUGGAGGCUCCUGCCCAAACCAGACCUGCACAGAGACGUCAACCGCUUUGGUCACUCUGCUGUGGUCAGCAACGGGUCCAUGUAUCUGUUUGGGGGCUUCUCCGGAGUGCUGCUCAACGACGUGCUCGUCUACCGACCCCCAAGCUGCCAGGCCUUUUUGGCAGAGGAAGGGUGCGUGAACGCCGGGCCAGGGGUCCGCUGCAUCUGGAGCAGAGGCCACUGUCUCCCCUGGGAGCCCAGCAUGGCCAAUGGGAGCAUCACACCUUCCCCAUUCUGCCCCCCUAAAGCUGUCACAGUGGACGAGCGGUGCUACCGGUUCUCAGACUGUGCCAGCUGUACGGCCAACACCAACGGGUGCCAGUGGUGUGACGACAAAAAGUGUAUCUCCGCUAUCAGCAAUUGCACAUCUAACGUGAAGAACUUCACUGAGUGUCCGGUGCGGAACGAGCAGGUGUGCAGCAAGCUCGCCAACUGCAAGAGCUGCUCGCUGAAUCUCAACUGUCAGUGGGACCAGAACCAGCCAGAGUGUCACGCUUUGCCUGCCCAACAGUGCAGUGAGGGUUGGAGCCAGGUGGGCGAGGCCUGCCUCAGGAUCAACUCCAGCCGAGAGAGUUACGACAACGCCCAGCACUACUGCAAGAACCUGAACGGAAACAUUGCGUCGCUCACCACCGCCAAACAAGUGGACUUUGUUCUCGAGGAGCUCAAGAAGCUCCAGCUGGAAGAAAUGCGACUGUCCCCCUGGGUCGGCCUGAGGAAAAUCAACGUGUCGUACUGGGGCUGGGAGGACAUGUCCCCCUUCACCAACAGCAGCCUGCGCUGGCUGCCCGGGGAACCCAGCGACUCUGGUUUCUGUGCCUACCUGGAGGAGCCCCUGGUCUCAGGCCUGAGAGCCAAUCCUUGCACCGCCACAGCCCGCGGCCUCAUUUGUGAAAAAGCAGCUGGAAACCCCAAUCAGAGUACCCGUCCAUCUUGCAAGAAGCCGUGCUCGCUGCACACCAACUGUGGCAACUGCACCAGCCAGGCCAUGGAGUGCAUGUGGUGCGGCAGUGCCAAGCGCUGUGUCGACUCCACUGCCUAUGUCAUCUCGUUUCCCUAUGGCCAGUGUCUGGAGUGGCAGACUGGGGAUUGUUUGGCUCAGAACUGUUCGGGCCUGCAGAUGUGUUCCCAGUGCUUGGAGCAGCCCGAGUGCGGCUGGUGCGGAGAUCCCAGCAGCACCGGGAAGGGCCUGUGCAUGGAGGGCUCAUACCGAGGGCCCAUGAAGAGAACAGCCAAGCAGGGCCAAUCCCACGACAUGAUUCUGGAGCCGGGCAUUUGCCCCAAAGACAAGGGCUACGAGUGGGCCUUCAUUCACUGCCCCGCCUGCCAGUGCAACGGCCACAGCACGUGUGUGAACAGCAGCGUGUGUGAGCAGUGCCGUAACCUCACCACCGGUCCAAACUGCGAGACCUGCAUGCCUGGUUAUCAUGGGGACCCCACCAAUGGCGGCAAAUGCCAGGCCUGCAAGUGUAAUGGUCAUGCAAGCGUGUGCCAGGUGUUAACUGGCAAGUGCUUCUGCACCACCAAGGGAAUCAAAGGAGACCAGUGCCAGCUAUGUGACUCAGAAAACCGUUACCUUGGCAAUCCACUCAGAGGAACCUGUUACUACAAUCUCCUGAUCGACUACCAGUUCACCUUCAGUCUCAUCCAAGAAGAUGACAAUCACUACACCGCCAUUAACUUCAUGGCCUCACCUGAGCAGGCAAACAAGAACUUGGACAUGUCCAUUAAUGCAUCCAACAACUUCAACCUCAAUAUCACCUGGUCGGUGGGAUCAACAGCCGGAACCAUUUCUGGAGAAGAGGUGCCCAUCGUGUCCAAAACCAACAUCAAGGAAUACAGAGACAGCUUCUCCUGUGAGAAGUUCACCUUCAGAAGCAACCCAAACAUCACCUUCUAUGUCUAUGUCAGUAACUUCUCAUGGCCCAUCAAGAUCCAGAUCGCCUUCUCCCAACACAACAGUAUCAUGGACCUGGUCCAGUUCUUUGUGACAUUUUUCAGUUGCUUUCUGUCGCUCCUCCUGGUGGCAGCGGUCGUGUGGAAGAUCAAACAGACCUGCUGGGCGUCACGACGGAGAGAACAACUGAUGAGGGAGCGUCAGCAGAUGGCCAGUCGUCCAUUUGCCUCAGUCGCUGUGGCGCUGGAUGCCAGAGGAGAACAAACAGAAGUGCUGCAGCCGGUGGUUGAUGGUCUCCCUAAACCUGUAGCCAUGGAGCCGUGUUCAGGAGGGAAAGCCGCCGUGUUGACCGUCCUCAUGCGUCUUCCGUUUGGACUGUCGGACUUACCUCCACCGGGACAGUCAGGAAUCAUCGUUGCCAGUGCGCUCAUAGACAUUUCCCAGCAGAAGCCCUCAGACUUUAAGGACAAGUGCCAGGCUCUAAAGAACAGAAAAGCUCUUCCCCCCACACACCAAGGCACCUGCGUUUGAGACUCGACUCACCAAUCCAGCGGCUCCCUUUCUUACGCCGCCUGAGGUCACGUUUCUCCAAAUCCUCAACGGUUCCUGCCGCUCUGGAAACCUUUCCCGGAGACAAGAGACGGCCACAUGUAGAAGAUCUCAUCCAGCUGCUACCACUGAAGUUCAACUCGUCUCCUUUCUUUUCGCUCUACUCUGCAUAUUACAGCCUCAUAAAUCCUUCUCCAACCGGUGUGACGGCCUCCUCUGGCUGCUGGGCUCUGACUCCUCUCCUCGUCUCGGCACCAUCGCAGACAGCUUCACCGGGGGGGGGGGGAAGGGGGGUCUGCACCUUGUGACGCCUCACUGUCCGUCUGCUCUGUCAAACUGAUUUCCCUCACACUGCGUUGGAAAUAUAAUCAGAGGGUUGGAAAUGGUAGAUUUCCAGAUCAUCCUGCCUAUGAGGCUUUUUUCUUGUCUUUCCUUUUUUCUUGCUUGCCAACAAGUGGUAUUCUACGGUGCUAAAGCAUUUACUUUCUAUGACGAGCCUGACUCUUAACUCUAAGUUUUUUGCUGUAUUGACUGAAUCCAUUCUGCCUUUCUGUGGGGGGGAAACCUAUGCGCUAGGACACGACUCCUUUUUCUAAAACCACACGACAGUGUUUCGACAACCAAGAGUAUUCUGUCUCACCACGUUGCCGGCUCCCAUCAGCGAUCUCUCUUUAAGCAUUUCCCCCGUGCGUACGGAUCAUCCAGCCAGCUGAAGCGAAAGUCUGUAUUACCUGCGGAGGACGUGUUCAAUUGCUGCGGAGACACGAGGCUGCAAUCAACCCAGGGGCGGCGCGUGGGGGGGGAGGACCAAUGGUCAAAGUCAGGUCAUGGGAGACGCUAUGGAAAGUUGGAGGUGACGAAGAAGAAGAACAAGUUUCAUAACCCAGGACGACACUGAAGUUCUGGUACAUUCUUUGCUGUAGUUUGUAAUUGUGUAAUUUGCUGUGCAACUCGGACGUGAGGCUCUUUCCGGACUCGCCUUUGGAUUGAUGUGGUGGUUCUGAGGCCGUUUGGUGGGGGGGGGGGGAGAAAGAUGUCUAAGAGCGGGGACUUCACGCUCCUCUGGCUGUUUACUCGUUUUUCUAAGCUACGACUUUAUUUCCACCUUUUGAGUACGAGGAGAUGCGCUACCUUUUCUAAUGCCUUGGCUUUCCAUGAACUCCUCUGGAGGAGGCGGGGGUGGGGGGGGGGGGGGGGAUUGAGGGGGCUUGUUGAUCUGCAGAAUUUUCGAAGUUGUCGAUCAUUUUGAGCCCCCCCUCCAUCCCGAGCUGUACAGUGUCUUGUUGGAACAAACGUCAGAGUCUUUGUCACUUGAAGGUUUCGUGUGUUCGUCAGGUUUUUAAUGACAGAAUGGCAACAGAUGAUCUUUUAUUUCAGGCCUUGUCCCCCCUGUUGCUAUUAUACCCAUGAUAAACUGUAAGUCUUUUGCUACACUUGUGGAAAACAAAAAAAAUCGAUAUUUCUGUUGAUAUUUUGUUUUGAUAUUUAACAGAUUCCUGUGUAAUAGCGCAUUUAACUCGAUUUUAUUCUUGACUUUAACCAUGUGUUUUUAACGUCGCCUGUUAUUUGUUUAUAAAACGUCUUUGAGGACUCGAUGGGCAUUGUCUCGCUUUUUCGUUGUGGCUGUUUUUUUGAUGCAUUUCACGAGGAGCCAGCUAAUGUGUUUUCCUUUUGUGUUUGUUUUUGUAAUCCUAUAACAGUGUCAUUACACAGGAAUCCGGGUCUCACUGUACCGUGAAUAAAAAAAAAAGAUGAGAAACUGCAUAUCAGUAAUUCUUCAGUGUAUUUUAAAGAUGGACAAGAUGCCAGAAAAUAAAAAAAUAAAAAGAACAGACCUGAAAAUCA